AGUCUUCCUUUGAUCUUAUAGACUGGUCCCAGGAGAUGGACAUGGAUGAAGCCUCCAAGGAGUUAUUGGAGCACUUGGGGGCACAUCUGGAUUGUUUUGAUGACCACAUGAAGUUCAGGUCACUUGGAACAGAGGCUUCACAACUUUCAGUGGUGCAAGAAAAUGAAGCCCCAACACCUCUGUCCAUGGUUCCUCCAAGCUGUGGCUACAGGAUAUAUGGAACCUCAAUAACAUUCAUUCUCAUUGUUCCAUUUGAAGGUUGCAACAUUAUUGAGCAGGGUGGAAAUCACAUACUCCCUCUACUCUGGCAAGGCCAUCCACUGUCCCUGCUGUGUCCCAAACAUACAGAACCUGUGGCUCCACCCGUGGGGCCUGUGGCUCCACAUACGGGGCCGGUGGCUCCACCCGUGGGGCCGGUGGCUCCACCCGUGGGGCCGGUGGCUCCACCCGUGGGGCCCUUUGACUUGUAUUAUCUUCACACAACAGAUGAUCCUGUUCAAGGUUUCCCCUUCUACCCAUUUCCUCAUCCACCUCCAACAGCUCCUCCUCCCACUGCAGAGCCGAAAGUCCUCUAUCCCCAGAUUCCUUUUAAUCCAGAGCUUCUUUGGCCGUACUGGCCUCAGCCUCCAGAAUUACCUCCAGUCUAUCCUUGUCCUCAUGGGAAAUAUCCAGUGCCUGUACAAAAGACUCCCUGCAUAACACAAGAUCCUGCCACUACCCAGACUCCUCCUGAUGCUCCUGCAAUGUGGUAUCCUGUGAUCUGCCUACCUCUUCUUCCAAAUGAGCAACAUUUUCAAGACAUGUUUUAUCAAGGUUAGCUUUGAAAAGUUGAAAUAAAUGUUUAAAAUAAAAGGGAUUUGUGUCUUUGGUUGCUGAUCCUA